GCGAGGUACUUCCGAGGAGCUUGAAUAAGUAAGUAGCCCUCUGGAUUUACGCUUGAAGGUCACUUCUCAAAAAGACAAAUACUCUUUACCAUGAUAUCUAGGAUGCUGAUGUUUGUACUCAAAUGUCUAUUUCUGAGUUUUGUAGGUGCAUUCAUUUCAGCCUCGGUUGUGCAAGGCUCAAACAGUUGCGAGUACCCAGCAAUUUUCAACUUUGGUGACUCAAACUCAGACACAGGAGCAAUAUCAGCUGCAUUCACAGUGGUGCAUUCCCCCAAUGGUCAAAACUUCCUUGGAAGCCUCUCGGGAAGGGCUUGUGAUGGCCGUCUCAUAAUUGAUUUCAUUACUGAAGAAUUGAAGCUACCAUACCUUAGUGCGCAUUUGAACUCGGUUGGAUCCAAUUACAGGCAUGGUGCCAACUUUGCAACAGGAGGGUCAUCAAUUCUUCCUGGUGGUUAUAGUCCUUUCCAUCUUGGACUUCAAAUAUCUCAGUUCAUACAGUUCAAGUCACGCACCCACAUUCUCUUCAACCAGCAUUCUGUCAACAACAGAACAAAACUAUCUUUUAAAAGUAUUCCAAAACCGGAUGACUUCUCUAGGGCCCUUUACACCUUUGAUAUUGGACAAAAUGAUCUUGCCUAUGGUUUUCAGCACACGUCAGAGGAACAAGUUCGAGGGUCCAUUCCUAAUAUCUUGAGGCAGUUUUCUCAAGCAGUGCAGCAACUAUACAAUGAAGGAGCAAGAGUAUUCUGGAUUCACAACACGGGUCCCAUUGGGUGCUUGCCCUUCAAUUUCCUUUCUUAUGAGUCAAAGCAAGGUAACCUAGAUGCCAAUGGUUGUGUGAAACCUCAGAAUGAGAUCGCUCAGGAGUUUAACAGGCAACUCAAGGACCAAAUGGUUCAGCUAAGGAGAAAGCUGCCUCUAGCCAAAUUCACUUAUAUUGAUGUGUAUAAAGCCAAAUAUCAACUUGUCAGCAAUGCAAGGAAGCUAGGUUUUGUGGAUCCUUUGAAGUUCUGUUGUGGCAGUUACCACGGUUACAAGAUAACUUGUGGGAUGAAAAGCACAGAAAACGAAACAGUUUAUGGCAAUGCAUGUAAAAAUCCAUCUCAACUUGUUAGCUGGGAUGGCAUACACUACUCUCAAGCAGCAAACCUCUUGAUUGCUAAGCAAAUUCUUUCUGGCGUCUUCUCUGACCCACCGGUUGCCAUUGGGCAGGUGUGUUUCUGAGCAAAAUUCAAGUGGUAUUUCGUUCUGUGUAUGCACGUUUUCGUGUUGAUACUUUAAUAUGAGAGUUGAGGGGUUUAAUUACUUCAAGAAUUGAAGAGAUGUUUCAUUGAGUAAGAAGAUACCAUAAUUGAUGUUCUUGGCAAAUUAUUUCAGUUUGGAAAUUUCUGGUUGCUAUAAUGGCAGAGCUGCCAGAAAUAUCUAAUUCCGAAAGAUAUGGGUCAAUAGUUCAUUGGGGAUGGAUAAUAAGAUAUGUCAAAGAUGUUCAUGA